AUGGCGUCGGAGGAGAGAAAAUGCAUCCAGUGCAGCAAACACGACCGCACGUGCCAAAUCCAAGGCUUCGUCGCCUUGGACACUUCGGCCCAAAGAGGCCCAACGGGCGUCUCGACUUCCCUGAAGCCGAGCCAGCGUCAACCGAGGAUCUAUAAAAGGCGACGAGAGAUGCGGUCGUCGACUAAUCAUUCCGACGACGACGAGCAGCCGCGGGUGAAGAUCCACGUGGACAGGAUGGAUUCCAUGGUCGCGCGGCUUGCGCGAGAGCGGGAGAAGGUGAGGCAACACGGCGGAGUGGUGCUCACUGAUCGCUCAAAUCAAUCCCAAAGCAAUAACGUUGCUUUCUUGGGCGGCCCUGCAGGGCUUGGGUCGACGUCGGACCUAGACAACGGACACGAGCUGAAUCCGAGUUUCGAUCUAAGUGGAGACAUUGGUCUCAAUCCCGGAAACGCUUUCGCCAGCGCCUUGAAUUUCGACUUUGACUUCGAAAAUGGGACCACUGACGUCUAUUUCAACGCCAAUAACCUGGGAGGCGACUCUAGGCGGAUCCGGCCACACGACUUUUUGGGACAGGAAAAGGGAAACAGAGUAGGGUCAGCUUCGUCCGUGUUCAACACUCACCCACUCCUUCCAGUUCAGGAGGAACUCCAGGAAUCAGGAAAUUUUCCCGGAAAAACAAACGUCUGUCCCACAACUGCUGCAACAUCCUUGGAAGAGAGCAGCAAGACCCUUAGCCCCUUGCUUUCACAGUUGUUUAACAACGAGAUGUUUACGCGCACCACGCCAUGUAGUACCGCAAUCCUGGCGGAGAAGAUUGAAAUGAUGAAUUUUUCCGACAACACCGAUGAUGCGACGGAUGCCGAAAAGUUGCUCUCGACAAUCUCCUGCGAACCACAUGUGCUCGAGGUGCUGGAUAUUUCCGUUAAAUGGUGGAUUGCGUGGAGGGACCAGGCGGUCGCGAUGCAGGACGUGACUGUCUCUCUAUUUUCCAAGGAUGACAACGAGGAGGAGCAGCAGACACAGGGACAAGAGAGUUCGACUUUGGAGUGUAUAGCCCCUGCACUACACAGCAACGCAACGGGAACCACGUCCUCUUCAACAAGACCAGAUUCAGGUACGAGUUUGGGAAUAAGGGGCCACCAUUCCGACGCACCUAUGUCCUUCCGGGACUUCGUGCUCACCAAACUGUCUCACUCACAAGAACCCGUGUCGCUUGCCACGGGCCUCCUCUGUGUCGCAAUGUCGCUCUACCAACUGCGCCCGGGCGUCGACGAUGCAAAACUCAACAUCUCUGCAUCUCCGUCCGACCUCGCCGACCGAAUAGUGCUGGCGGUGGACACAAUCGUCCUCUGUCCGACGUCCCAACACAAACACACCCGCGACCCUGGCGUGCUGUUGCUUUUGAUGAUCCGCGCCAAAAUGUUCGCCGAGAGCAACCAAUUGCGCAAGUCUUGGUUGUGCAUCCGUAGAGCGCUGGAAAUCGCGAAGGACACAGGAUUCACGGAACCGAAGAUGCCGCUGCUCGGCGACGGUCUGGGCGAGUAUGCACCCAAGGUGUGCGGACGGGAAUUGACCAAGCUCUUCUACCGACAGCGCUUCAUCGGCUCGAUCAUGGAACUCGACCGGCUCAUGAGUAUGGUCUUGGGCUUUCCACACGCCGAGGACGUCAAAUUUACAGAUCAACUAGCGAUGGCCGUGUUGAAGGGCGAGAGCCAGGGCCAGAAGACGACCCCCAGUCAAGGAAGCGGAGGCGGAGCAGCGUCGACAAUAUCAGUGGAUAUCAAAAUGCGGGCCCUGAGACGAGUGGUGUCCAUCGUCGCGGGCCGGGUGAACGACCGCAAUGGAAGCGGUGAUGCAGACGGCGUCAAACACCGGACCACGAUGGACAUUCAAGCGACAUUGACCGAAGCGGCAGCCGCCAUGCCUCAAGGCUGGUGGAACGUGGGAUCGCACCUCGAGACUUCCGAUCCGUUUCUGGCGCACGAACAUCUAACCACGCAAAUGUGGUUCUGGCAGGUCCAGUCCUUCCUCCAUCUACCCUUUAUGCUAAAACUCCACUCCUCCGCUAUCGGUGCUGCCACAGCCCGGAGCCAGAAUCACCACGACCACGACCACAUCCAGAACGGCAACAAUACAACCACAGACCCGUACGAAGUGAAUAAAUACCUCUGUCUCCAGGGUUGUCGCGGCAUGAUCCGAGUCUUCAACCUGCUCCGCUCAGACCCUUCGCUCGCAGUCUACAUCUGCAGCUGCGAGGACUUUCAAGGGGUCUUCAGUGCGUGUAUACUCAUGGUAGGCUUGCUGAUGCGCAUGUCAUAUUGUUCGCGGACGCCGCCCGAGCCCGAGGAAUGCGAGGGGGCCAUAGGAGGAAACGUCGGCGAGGACCUCGCUCUCAUCGAGGACAUCAAGGAUAUCUUCCGGUACCGUGCCACAGAGCAGGGCGGCAGCAUCAGCAGACAGGGCCUGAGAGUGCUGGAGGAGCUCGGCUCCUUCUUGUACGAAGACGAAGACGUCGAUGGCGGCUUGCCCGAUCGAGCCGAGCAGGUCAAGCGCCGGAUCGUUGUCCUCCCGUACUUUGGGGCAAUUCAUCUCGAGUUGAGGCCGCCACGGCAUCAUGUGCGCGACAUCGCCAAGGCCAAGGCCAGGGUAAUGCCGCAAAGUAGUGCGAUUCGGGGAUUCAGUGCAGGAGAAGAGAUGGCAUGUCCGAGGACAUCUGAGCAACCUGUCGAGGGACGAACUAUAACGGAUCGUCCCGGACAAAUAGUCGAACCCGUGUGCUUACCAUCUUCCAACUGGGACCGCGAAGCCAAUCUCGACGCCGAUGCCAGUGGCGGUCUUGACGCCGACACAGCGCUCCAAUUCUCCAUGCCAGAGACGAAUUUGGAUUGGGAUCGCUUUCUCUACGGGCACGAGCUGGCUCAGAAUUGGAGUGCCGACCUGCCUGAAUGGCCCACUACCACGGAAAUGGGCAUGCUACCUUGA